UCUCUCCCCCCCCAACAAUGGCUCCUCUAUUCCUCCUCUUCCUCUUCUUCGUCCAAACGCAUUCCCAAAAUACCCCUCCUCCUCUUCCCAUUCUACCCCUCCCCUCCUCCGCCCAGCUCCAACGGCAACAGUCCGAGCUCGCCCUCUUCCUCCACUUCGGCCCCAACACCUUCACCGAGUCCGAGUGGGGCUCCGGAAGUCGCCUUAUUUUGACCGCGAAGCACCACGAUGGGUUCUGCCUCUGGCCGUCUAUGUACACCAACUACUCUGUGGCGUCCAGCGGGUGGGAGGGUGACGUCAUGGCUGAGCUGGCGGCAGCGGCGAAAGAGGUGGGUGUGGGUGUGGGUGUGUAUUUGUCGCCGUGGGAUCGGCACGAGAAGAAGUUUGGGAGGACGAGGGAGUAUAAUGAGUUUUAUUUGGGGCAGAUGACUGAGCUGCUCACCAAUUAUGGUGAUAUCCAAGAGGUUUUUUUGGAUGGUGCAAAUGGAGGAGAGAAGGAUAUGGAGUACUUUUUCAACUGCUGGUUCGAGCUCAUUCAUCAGCUUCAGCCACGAGCUGUUAUUUUCUCUGAUGCAGGCCCCGAUAUCCGAUGGAUUGGCGAUGAAGCUGGAGUUGCUGGAACUACUUGUUGGUCUCUUUUCAAUCAGAGCUCAGUUACAAUAGGCCACAUUGAUGAUGUUUACAAUCGUGAAGGAGAUCCUUAUGGGCGAGAUUGGGUCCCUGCAGAGUGUGAUGUAUCCAUCAGACCUGGUUGGUUUUGGCACAGCUCAGAACGCCCAAAAUCAGCCCUUACUCUUCUCGAUAUAUAUUACAAGUCAGUAGGCCGAAAUUGCCUCUUAUUGCUAAAUGUUCCCCCAAAUUCAUCCGGUCUCAUCUCUGACGAAGAUCUUCAAGCACUUCAAGAAUUUACUACUCUGCGCAAGACAAUAUUUUCUCAUAACCUCGCUCUAAAUGCCAUUGUCUCUGCAAGCAGCAGCCGAGGAGGUCCAAAUGAUCCUCGAUUCAAUCCGUCCAACAUAUUGGAAGAAGGUAUUUAUACUUACUGGGCUCCCGAUGAGCUCCAAGACUAUUGGGGAAUAUUUCUUGACUUGGGUCAGAUUAUAUCAUUUAAUGUCGUGCAAGUUCAAGAGCCAAUUCAAAUGGGGCAACGUGUUAUUGAGUUUCAUGUCGAUGUUAUAAAAGAUGGUGAAUGGAUAACUAUAACUAAUGGCACAACGAUCGGAUAUAAAAGAUUGUUGAUGUUCCCGAUGGUGAAGGCGCAAUUUAUGAGGUUAACUAUUGACAAGUCUCGUGCUGAUCCCCUUAUUUCGUACCUAAGCAUCCACUUGGAUCCGUUUUCUACUGUGCAUGAUGUAUAUAAUGCUAGUGCACGAUCUUCUUUCAGUGAUAGCCAAUCUACAAAACUGACAACAUCCAGGCAUUCUGGCAAUGCGAAUGUGGCCACAAUUUAAUAUGUUUUUAUUUGUGCUGUCGAUAUUGAUCAGGGCGUUAAACUGAGUUUGUUAUGGAUGGUAGAUAGAAAAUAUAGCCAUCAAAGAUAUACACAAUCAGGUAUGCAGCAGCCCUCUAAAGACACCAUUUGUGAUUUAAUUUUUUUUUUUUCAUAUUGAUCUGCAGCGUGAUCAUUUGCCAGGGGUUGUAUUUGUAUUGAAGCUGUAAGCAUAUCAUUUAUAAUUAUGUUUUAUUGACCCGCAAAAACAAAAAUUUGUUGCCUGAAGGUUUAAACCACCUAAUUAUGUUUGGUAAUAUCGGGAUUCUGGAUUUACAGA